GUACCGCGCAGCAGCAUAUCAUUUCACUCCACCUUCCUCUGAUAGAAGGAGGAUCCGGCCAUGGUGGUAGCAGUAGCACUGCUCUCGCCCUGGCUUUCUAUUCCCGCCAGCGCCAUUUGUUACUACUGCACUCCUUCGAGGGUAAGAGGAGUUUCCCUCGCCGUUGGUUCUAGGGCUAGGGAUUUCUACCGGUAUUCCUCGGAGAAGAUGAACGUCUCCGCUGUAGACGCAGCCGGCGAGCCCAGCCCCCUUGCUUCAGACGCCGGGAAUGGCGUCAGAGAGGCAGAAAAUUCAGACGUCCUGGUUCAGUACAUAGUUCUUCGAAGAGAUCUGAUCGAUUCCUGGCCGCUCGGGAGCGUCGUCACACAAGGUUGCCACGCUUCUGUAUCGGCGAUCUGGACACACAAAGACGAUGCCGAGACUCUCAGUUAUUGCAGCCCUGAAAACAUCGACUCCAUGCAUAAGGUUACUCUGGAGGUUAAGGGAGAAACACAGCUCUUGAACUUUUCUGAAAAACUUAAAAAUGCAGGUAUUGCCCAUAAGCUGUGGAUUGAACAACCUGAAAACUUCCCCACAUGUCUUGCUACUAAGCCAUACCGCAAAUCUAUUGUUUCUUCAUUUUUCAAGAAGCUGAAACUCUGUAAGUGAAGUGAUUUAUCAAAAAAAAAAAAAAAACUCUGUAAGUGAAGUACUAAUUGUAUCAGCCUCAAAGUUAAGUUUGAAAUGGGUCCUUGGAAAAUGCAUACAGCUCCAAAGCACAGCUUUUACAUGUUUUAAGGUUGGUGAUGAAUAGGCAAAGCUGAAGCAGAGAAUGCUAUAAUUGGGAAGGAAUACAUUCUUUCUUUUUAUUUUUUCCCCCGAGUUGUUACUAGUGCAAACAAACAACUUAAGGUCAGUCAAUCAUGGUACCUCUAGGGCCAAUUUUUUAUUUC